AUGGGUCGCAGCACGGCUAUCCGCGUGGCUAGCCUGCUGCAACGGGCAGGAAUUCGAUGUAGCGACAAGGCGGUGUUCGUCGCGCCUCACAGGGCGUGGCCACUGUCCGAUCUGCCUCUCUCAAGCCUCGGAGAGACACGCUUCCUUUCCACUCUUGCAGCCCGCAAUUCCGCCUUUCCAACAAUUGUGAGGCAAAUCAGCGUGCAGACGCUGCAGCCAACCGAUGUGUUUGCGCCGCGCCACAACAGCGGGACAGAGCAGGAGGUGCAGGAGAUGGUCAACCUGACAGGCUUUGGCAGUAUGGCCGAGCUCAUUGACGCCACUGUGCCAAAGGCCAUCAGGAGGGGCCAGAUGGAUCUGGGGGAGUACACCAAAGGAUACACUGAGAGCGAGUUCAUCGCAAAGUUCAAGAAGAUGGCAGAGAAGAACAAGAUGUUCAAGUCCUACCUGGGCAUGGGCUACUACAACACCCACCUACCACCUGUGAUCCAGCGCAACCUGCUGGAGAACCCAGGCUGGUACACCCAGUACACGCCCUACCAGGCAGAGAUUGCUCAGGGGCGGCUGGAGUCCCUGCUGAACUUCCAGACUGUCGUCACCGACCUGACGGGCAUGCAGAUCAGCAACGCCUCGCUCCUGGACGAGGCCACAGCAGCCGCCGAGGCCAUGACCAUGUGCUCCGCCCUCGCGCGCGGCAAGAAGCUGACCUUCCUCGUCUCGGACAAGUGCCACCCGCAGACCAUCGCUGUGUGCCAGUCGCGUGCCGAUGGCCUGGGGCUCAAGGUCGUGGUCGGCGACGAGGCCAGCUUCAACAUUGACAAGGACGUCUCUGGCGUGCUGCUGCAGUACCCUGCCACUGACGGCUCCAUCCACGACUACAAGGCCCUGGUGGAGAAGGCGCACCAGGCAAAGGCCAAGGUGUGCGUGGCGACGGACCUGCUGGCGCUGACUCAGCUGACGCCACCCGGCGAGUGGGGCGCCGACAUCGUGAUCGGAUCGGCGCAGCGUUUCGGCGUGCCCAUGGGCUACGGCGGCCCCCACGCGGCGUUCUUGGCCUGCCAUGACGACUACAAGCGCCUCAUGCCCGGCCGCAUCAUUGGUGUGAGCAAGGACGCGCAGGGCAAGCCGGCGCUGCGCAUGGCGAUGCAGACGCGCGAGCAGCACAUCCGCCGCGACAAGGCCACCUCCAACAUCUGCACCGCGCAGGCGCUGCUGGCCAACAUCGCCGCCAUGUUUGCAGUCUACCAUGGGCCAGACGGCCUCGACAAGAUCGCCAAGCGCACCAGCGGCCUCGCCGCCAUCCUCGCCGCAGGAGCCAAGAAGCUGGGCCACAGUGUGGGCGACGCGGCCUUCUUCGACACGGUGCGCAUCGAGGUGGGCGACGCUGCCAAGUUUGUGGCCGCGGCUGUUGUCGAGGGUGUCAACCUUCGCCAGCUGGACGCCAGCACCAUCACCGUGGCCCUGGACGAGACCACCCGCCUGGAGGACGUGGACCAGCUCCUGCGCAUCCUCAACGGCGGCUCCGCCCCCGGCUUCAGCGCUGAGUCCCUCGCCUCCGAGGUGGACAGCCCGGUGGGCAGCUUCAAGAGGGACACACCCUACCUGCAGUCGCCCAUCUUCAACCUGUACCACAGCGAGCACGAGAUGCUGCGCUACCUCAAGCGCCUGGAGAACCGCGACCUCUCGCUGGCGCACUCCAUGAUCGCGCUGGGCUCCUGCACCAUGAAGCUGAACGCCACGUCCGAGAUGAUGCCCAUCACCUGGCCCGAGCUGGCCUCCCUGCACCCCUUCGUGCCCGCCGACCAGGCCCAGGGCUAUGCCGAGAUGUUUGAGGACUUGGCGACCCAGCUGGCGGAGAUUACCGGCUUUGACGCGGUGUCGCUGCAGCCCAACAGCGGGGCGUCCGGCGAGUACGCGGGGCUCAUGUCCAUCCGCGGCUACCACCAGGCCAACGGCGACCACCACCGCGACAUCUGCAUCAUCCCCGUGUCCGCCCACGGCACCAACCCGGCCUCCGCCGUCAUGGCAGGCAUGCGCAUUGUGCCCAUUGGCGUGGACAGGAAGGGCAACAUCAACAUUGGGGAGCUCAGGGCGAAGGCCGAGGAGCACAAGGACAAGCUGGCAGCGCUGAUGAUCACCUACCCCAGUACGCACGGCGUGUAUGAGGAGGGUGUGGAUGAGAUCUGCCGCAUUGUGCACGACAACGGUGGCCAGGUCUACAUGGACGGUGCCAACAUGAACGCCCAGGUCGGCUUGACGUCUCCGGGGCACAUUGGCGCGGACGUGUGCCACUUGAACCUGCACAAGACCUUCUGCAUCCCCCACGGCGGUGGCGGCCCUGGCAUGGGACCCAUCGGUGUCAAGGCCCACCUGGCGCCCUUCCUGCCCACGCACCCGCUGGUGCCCACGGGAGGGCUUCCGGGCUUCAAGAGCGACGCGCAGUCAUUCGGCACCAUGGCCGCAGCGCCCUUCGGCUCCUCCCUCAUCCUGCCCAUCUCCUACGCCUACAUCUCCAUGAUGGGCUCCGAGGGCCUCACCGAGGCGUCGCGGCGCGCGAUCCUGAACGCGAACUACAUGGCGACGCGGCUGAAGGACUCGUACAAGGUGCUGUACACGGGCGACAACGGCACCUGCGCGCACGAGUUCAUCAUCGACCUGCGCCCACUCAAGGACACCGCCGACAUCGAGCCCGAGGACGUUGCCAAGCGCCUGAUCGACUACGGCUUCCAUGCCCCGACCAUGUCCUGGCCCGUCGCUGGCACGCUCAUGAUUGAGCCUACUGAGUCCGAGUCCAAGGCCGAGCUGGACCGUUUUGUGAAUGCGCUGAUCGCCAUCCGCGAGGAGGUCCGCGAGAUUGAGGAGGGCAAGGCCGACAAGGCGGACAACGUGCUGAAGCACUCGCCGCACACGGCAGACGUUGUGAUGGCGGGCGAGUGGACACGGCCUUACAGUCGCGAGAAGGCGGCCUUCCCGGCCACCUGGGUGCGCCAGGCCAAGUUCUGGCCAUCCGCCUCGCGCGUCGACAACGUCCACGGCGACCGCCACCUCAUCGCCAAGCUGCCCAAAACUGCCACCGCUGCCGACACUGUUUCCGAGCCCAUGGUGGCCGCUGUCGGCGGCAACUGAUACCCCCCCUGGCUUCUAGCGCGGUCCCGGGGCGGCCGGCCCCGCUCUGUGUAGCUCUCCUGCGGUUCUGAUAGCGUUUCUACCAGCAGCAUGCUGCUGUGGGCUCUCCGGACGCGCUAGUAACAAUGCCCUGCCAGCCUUGGCAAUGCUGCAAAUGUGGCAAAUGUGUUGGGCAAGUGCAUGGGGUUCCCAGGCAAUCCUCAUGAUGGGGAUGCGGGCACGCAUUUUAGAUGAUUUGUGCCGGCGCAUGCGUUGGUGACGAUGCAGAAGUAGCCGUGAGCAACAGUGUGCGCGAGCGACUGGUGUGAGAGAGUCGUGAAGGUACUGCGUUCAGACUCGUGGGGUUGUUGAAGAGCGACAAGGGGGUAGGACCCAUGCAUUUUUGUGUGCAUUGAAAUACCUCACAGCUGAGCUGCCUUGACGCUGAGCAAUGGCAACUAGUGCUUGGUGGAUAUCUGUAUUGUAGCAGGUACAGGGCCAAGGAGAAGCAUGGAAAGCUGAACUCAGCUCCAUGGGUCAUGGUAUUUCAGUUGUACAUUUAUUCGCAGUAUAGGGUGGACACCAAUUAACAGAAUACAGAGUCUCGGUCUUAGUCUGGGUAGAUUGAACUGCUUCGCGCAGGUUCGCUUCGUCUAUGUAAAGUCUUGGAUUCACAUC